CCACACGGACGGUGCUAAAAAUGAUCUUUGGUCCAUACCAAAAUGAUGUCAAACUUCUACCUGCAUGCUCCAACCGUUGCUGUCUAAACUUUCUGGAAUUAUGUUGCUAUGUGGCGUGAAACUAUAAGUCUUAGAGUGUACUCUCAAGGUGAACAAAGGGAUCAAUAAAAGUUUGGAACGUCAAUCAACAAGGCCUUGGUGCUUUGAGCUUCUCACGAUGAGAUCCAAGUCGACCCUCAUCGUCCAUCUUAGUUUCCUGUUGUCCACGCUCAGUCGAACAGGAGCUAACUUCUAUGGUGCAAACUAUUGGAAUGAUCGAUACUCUGGACAAGGGAUCAACUAUGAGACCGGUUCUGAUAUGUUUAAUGGUCUAUGGUCGGCAACGGGAUCUUUGAGCGAUGGCUAUGGCCGUCCCAAUUCAGACUACUCAUCAAGGUCUUGUUCCUGCGCUUGUAAUGAGAAUGAAAUGACUGUCGACUGCACUGGGACAACAACAGUAACUCUGAAGAAUUACAAUUUUGAGAACCUUACUGCGGAAACGUUUCAUCCGGGCACGACCGAAAUCACCAUCGUCAGUAAUCUGAAGACCAUACAUCCUGGUACUUUUGCACUUCUCAAUAAGCUCACUAAAUUAACGAUUCACAACACAGAUAUAACAAUAUUCCCAGAUGUAUCAAACUGCACAAGUCUCCAAUGGUUGGAUCUGACGAGAAACAAAAUCAACUUGUCUCCACUGAACUACAAGACCAUCACGUUUUCUCCAACGCUUGAACGAGUGAGUCUGAUGGAGAAUGAAAUUAACUGGUUACCACCCGGAUUCUUCUCAAAGACAAACAUUCAAUAUCUUGGUCUUAGCCGGAACGCAUUGACAAAGUUCCCAAGUGACUCUCUUCAGAAUAUGCUGAACUUGACGUUUAUGUCGGUUGAUGAGAAUCAGAUUACAUCAAUAUCAAAAAGGAAUCUGCUGCCGUUAGCUUCCACUGUUAUUCAACAUCUGAAUUUCAGCAAUAACUUGAUAGACUACAUCGCACCCAAAGCAUUCAGACAACUCCAGCUUCUCAAGAUUCUUGAACUGCAUAGAAACCUGCUGACUGAUCUGCCUUCACAAACAAUGGAUCAAAUCCCACAACUUCUACAUCUGGAUUUGAGCUACAACAAGCUUGCAGCUCUGAGGGCCAAGGCUAUAACUGAUCUGCCGUUUCUGCGAACAUUGGUGUUACACAAUCAACUAGAUGGAUUUGAAUUGUCUGUCAUUCGCUACAAUGCUUUCAUUGGAAUAGGAGGAAAUCUCACAGAGUUGUAUUUAAGUUCCAAUAAACUGACGUCAUUCCCCCAUGGCUUUUUCUCUGAGGAAACAUACGACAAACUUCGAGACUUGCACAUUGAUCAUAACGAGAUUAGCAACAUAACAGAGUUCACUGACGAUCAGUUUGACGGCGCUCUGACUCUCUACAGCUACAAGUUGACUUUACACGACCCGUUUGCUAAUAUACCAUACUUGGAAAAACUGCAUCUGGAUUCAAAUCGAAUUGAAGGAAUUAAUCCUGAUGACUUGUGUAAAAUGAUCAUCUUGAAUUGGCUGCAGUUGGAUUCUAAUUUACUGACUGAUGAUACAUUGGAUGAGAAUGCCUUUACGUGUCUCACCAACCUUGGAAGUCUGUAUCUUGGUUCUAAUAACUUCAAGUAUGUCCCUCCAGCCGUGCAAUACCAAGACAGAGCUCUCAGCCUGAGUACACUGUAUCUAGGAAGCAAUGACUUGACUUUUCUGUUAGCUGGAGCAUUUUCAAACGUCACCACGCUAAGAUCGUUGUCUCUUCAAUCAAACAAAAUUAUCUCUGUUGAGAAUGGAGCUUUCCCAUUGGAUAUUAGGACCAUAGACUUGAGUUAUAAUGAUUUUUACUUCCUGCAUGAGAACCCAUUCCGGAAUCUCACAAUGCUGUCUUCUCUGUCUCUGCAAUAUAAUGAAAUUGAUGUUAUACCAGACACCGCGUUUGAUGGUUGUACAUCACUAGCUAACUUAUAUCUGUAUGACAACAAAAUUGGUCGGAUCUUGAGAACCACAAUUGAGGAUUGUCCGCUUUCUGGCAAUGUUUAUUUUCAUAAUAAUGAGAUUGCGUAUAUUGAGGAUGGAUCCUUUGCUCAUAUCACUUCAACAAGCAGGAUAUAUCUUCAGAAUAAUCGGCUCACCAAAAUACCCAACGGAGGAGACUUUGCUGAUAUGAGUUUUUAUUAUAUAUCUUUCCGGCAGAAUUUUAUCACAAGCGUCCAGAAUGGAACCUUUAAAAAUAUCAAAGGAAGUUAUCUUUACUUAUCAGACAAUGAUAUUUCCUUCAUUGAGACGGAUGCUUUCAAGGAUGUUUCAUGCACUUAUGACAUUAGUUUGAACAGCAAUCCACUAUGGACAAUAAGUUCCUAUUCUUUCCACACAGUCAGCUGCAGAUAUUUGUAUAUGACAUCAGUAGGAUUGUCAACUAUCCCAUCCUUGGCUUUCAGUGGAUUAACUGCAUCUAGAUUGUAUAUGGAGUCCAAUUCCAUUACAACAAUCGAGGAAGAAGCAUUUGAUGUGUCUAUAAGUUCCCAACUGUAUUUACAGAGUAACAAGCUGUAUGAUAUAAGAGGCAAGAUGUUUGUGGAUGGAUCAAGUGUUAAUGAACUGCAUCUAGAGAACAAUGAGCUACCUUCUAUUCCACCGGAUGCGUUUGAUGGAGCCACUUUGAGUAAACUACUUAUGUACGGCAAUGUGUUAACGACCUAUCCUGCUAAAGCAUUGGCCAGCCAGAAUCUACAAGAGAUCGAUCUCAACAAUAAUCAGAUUGGAACCCUACCGGACAACGCUUUUGAAGGACAAACUAGUUUGAGAGAACUAAACUUGGAGAAUAAUCGACUCACCGAUCUUCCAGCUGGUAUUUUUGCACUGCUAACCAGCUUACAGGAAUUAGAUCUCUCGGGCAACGAGCUUAGUUUCUGGCCAACAAUGCCAAGCCUACCAAACCUAAGAACACUGGAUCUAUCAAACAACAAGAUCGAAUCUGUUGGUAUCCAAGCGUUCCAUCAACUUAGCACAACUGUCUUCAGCUCACUCAACCUUGCCAAUAACGUCCUGGGUUGUUCAUGCAAUAUGUACUUCUCAUUGGUCUACCAUGAUGACGCCAUUAAAGGUGGAGAAUGUUCCACGCCGCAGGAAGCAGAUGGAGUUACAUUCGUUUAUAGCAAUAGCUACAGUGAGGACUAUUUCCAACAAUGGGAUAACCAAUUACUCUUCCAAUGUGCUCCUUACAAUGUAUCUGCAACAGCACCAGAUCUUGAGCAGAUCCUAGUGACUUGGAUGGAACCAGUCCAGAUUAAUCCAAACAUCACAGUAAAUGAAACUGACUUUAGUGACUGGCAAUUUAGUGUGACAUGCACCAGUGAGACAGCAAUCACAUUGUAUGAUAUAACGAAUAGUAGUUCAUUACUCUUUGAUGCCGAUGACAUGGUACAGACGGGUACCGACUAUUUAUGUCAUGUGACGCUGAUGUCUGGAAACUACACUAGUGUAGCGGAUGAAUAUGUACCAGUGACCACGAUGGAGAGUGUGGCUGAAACGAAUGCAACUGCUACUGGAAUGGAUCUUAAACUGGCCAUUAAAUACUAUGACUUCAGUUUUGGAAAUCCUGACUUCACUCCUGUUGGAAAAGAUGUAAUCUCAAACCCAACCUACGUGGUGUCACCGUACGGAGCGUGGUUAGCGAUAUCAGAGAAUCCUUCAGGAGAUUCCUUCUCACGUUGGUUUAGACAAGAUCCAUCGUUGAAUAUGUUGAUAGAAACAGACCUAGUACUUGAGUGGGUUAACUCAUCUGGUGUUAUCAACCCAUUAAACAGGUUUAUAGAAACAGACCUAGUACUGGAGUGGAUUAACUCAUCUGGUGUUAUCAACCCAUUAAACAGGUAUUAUUCAGCUUCAUACUAUCCAGUCGAUGGUCUCGGCUUCACUGCACAGGGUCAGAGAGAUUGCAACUUCAUUCUUCAUAACUUUGGAUUUACAAGUGCAAUACGUACUGGUAUGACGUUUAAUGGCUCAGAGACCAUUACUAUUGGAGGUGGAGAUGAGAUCUGGUUUUAUGUCAAUAAGAUUCUAGUCUUGGAACUUCAUGGAGAUAUCUCAGGAAAUCCUAUUAAAUGCAAGAAGAUCAACUUGGCUAACGCUGGACAAGAAGGAGGAGGAUUUGUCAUACCGGAGGAAGGAACGAUUGUAAAUGGAGAAUGUGUCAUUACUGGCUCUUUGACUGAUGAUGAGGUCUUCUUACAGCUAGAGGUAAGUGGGUUCAGAAUGAGUCAAUGUUUAUACCAGAGGAAGGAACAAUUGUUAAUGGAGAAUGUGUCAUUAUUGGCUCUUUGA